GUGUUAAUUAAUCUUAGAAAUUUUUCACAUAAAGUUAAGAGGAUGUCUGCAGCCGGACCCGAAGUGGUUGCUGGUACCGUCGGUGCAUCUGCAGCGGCUGGUAUGUCAGCAUCGUCGACCUUUUUAGCACUACUAGUCCCAGCACUUGUGCUAUGGUUCGUCUACUUCAGAAUUUCAAGACGUCACAUGAUUGAACUCGCUGAGAAACUUCCCGGACCCUCUGGCUAUCCUCUUGUUGGAAAUGCAUUAGAAUUCGUUGGAAGCUCAGACACUAUCUUCCGUAACAUCUACAAGCGUUCCUUUGAGUUUGACCAAGUGAUCCGUCUCUGGAUCGGUCCCAAACUCCUGGUCUUCUUGGUCGACCCACGGGACGUUGAAGUCAUCCUUUCCAGUCACGUAUACAUCGACAAGUCCCCAGAGUACAGAUUCUUCCAGCCAUGGCUUGGAAAUGGACUCUUAAUUUCCACUGGACAAAAAUGGCGUGCCCACCGUAAACUCAUUGCUCCAACUUUCCACUUGAACGUUCUGAAGAGUUUCAUCGACCUCUUCAACGCCAACUCCCGUUGCGUAGUUGAGAAAAUGCGCAAAGAAGGUGAGAAGGAAUUCGAUAUUCAUGACUACAUGUCAGAAACCACCGUAGAAAUUCUAUUGGAGACCGCCAUGGGUGUCUCAAAAACAACGCAAGACCGCAGUGGUUUUGAAUACGCCAUGGCAGUCAUGAAGAUGUGUGACAUUCUCCACCUUCGUCACACCAGGGUUUGGUUGAGACCUGACUGGCUCUUCAACCUGACCAAGUACGGAAAAGAUCAGAUUCAACUCCUGGAGAUCAUCCAUGGAUUGACGAAGAAAAUUAUUAAGCGCAAGAAGGAGGAUUACAAGGCAGGGAAACGUAACUUUAUUACUGAGAGCAAAGAAGCCAGAGAAGCCAAAGCUACUAGUGUGGAGGGACUUUCAUUCGGUCAAUCGUCUGGUCUCAAGGACGAUCUUGAUGUUGAUGACAACGAUGUCGGUGAGAAGAAGAGGCUGGCCUUCUUGGAUCUUCUGAUCGAGGCUGGACAGAACGGAGUUGUUCUCAAUGAACAAGAAGUUAAGGAACAAGUCGACACCAUCAUGUUUGAGGGUCACGAUACCACCGCUGCUGGCUCCAGCUUCUUCCUCUCAAUGAUGGGAUGUCACCCAGAGAUUCAGGAGAAGGUGAUCCAGGAGUUGGACGAGAUCUUCGGUGACAGUGAUAGGCCAGCUACAUUCCAGGAUACUCUGGAGAUGAAAUAUCUUGAACGCUGUCUGAUGGAGACUCUUCGUAUGUAUCCACCUGUACCAAUCAUUGCUCGUCAGAUCCAGACUGAUCUUAAGCUUGCAUCCGGUGAUUACACCGUUCCCGCUGGUUGUACCGUCGUUGUGGGUACCUUCAAGAUGCAUCGCCAGCCCCACAUCUAUCCAAACCCAGAUGUCUUUAACCCAGACAAUUUCCUCCCUGAGAAGACAGCAAAUCGCCACUACUAUGCAUUCGUGCCAUUCUCAGCUGGUCCACGCUCCUGCGUAGGGCGCAAAUACGCUAUGCUUAAGCUCAAGAUUCUUCUCUCGACCAUCCUGAGAAACUUCCGUGUCAAGUCCGACAUCAAAGAGUCAGAUUUCAGGCUCCAGGCUGACAUCAUCCUGAAGAGAGCCGAGGGCUUCAGAGUAAACCUUCAGCCAAGAAAACCUACUGUGAAAGCUUAAUGGGAUAGAUAUCAAUAGUCAUUUUUAAUGGGGGUGUUUCGUUGUUUUUUCAAAACCCUCAAAUCCUUUUAACUAGUUAAAAUUCAUCACCCGGGAAUUGGUUGGCCGGGUUAUUUUACUCAUUCAAUUUUUGCGUUUUCUGUUACAACCUUGGAGAUAGGUGUAAAUCAUUGUACAUGUUUGUAUAGAUUUUCAAUCGUUUAAAGUUUUAUUCCGUUAAUUUUUUUCCCGGGUGAUCGUAUACUGUACUUAGAAUUUAUUUUAUUGUUAAAUUUGAAUAAUUUAUCUAUCGUAUGAAAUAAAGUUUGAGUUUGCUUUAGAAAAUUA